AUGGAUAAUAAUAUUGAGCCUCGUGUAGCAGAUCUAGAACGUCAACUCAUGAUGUUCGAGAGAAUGCUUUUAAUGCUAAGUGGAACUUUAGAUCAGCAUUUCAAAAAAUAUGAUGAUCUAAUAGCUUCUCAACAGCAACAAAUCUCCGAUUUAAAUUCAAUUAUAUCAACUAUUUUAAAUGAUCAAUGUAAUCAUUCUGAUAAUUUAAGACAGAAAUUAGUUAGUGUUUUAAAUGGAAUUUCAGCCUCAUCUGUUUCAUUAGAUUCUAUGUUGAAUUCAAUACCAAAGUUUCCUGCAUCUAGUAAGACAUUUGUUCCAAGAGUUUCAGACCCUGAUACAAAUAAAAAUAAGUCAAAUACUUCUAAUGAAACUGAUAAAUUAUUGGAUGUGAUACUAGCAAAUGGUUCUGCACCAAACAAUACACACAUCAAUGUUUCACAUAAUGAUGCCACUAAAAAUAUUAAUGCUAAUACAACUAAUACUACGACUUCUAAUACUAAUAACACCAUUAAUGCCGAUGGUACUUCUGAUAAUACUAAUAGUAAUAACAAUACUAAUAGUAAUAACGUUAACGAUAAUUCGAAUAAUAAUUCGAGUAAUAAUCUGAAUGACAAUAAUAGUAGUAAUACUAAUAAUAAUAAUAAUAAUAAUAAUAAUAAUCCUACGGUGCCUGUACUAAGUAGAGGUGUAAUAGGUCAGCAUAAACAAGAUGAUAAAUCUAUAAAAACUACAAAUCAUAUUUCAAAGAUUCCAAUAACAGGAACAAAAGAACUUGUCACUAGUCAUUUUGAUCCUUCUACUUUAAAAUACGAACCAUUCAACCCUCAUCCGCAUUCUUAUGACGAAUCAAAUAACGAAGCCACCACUCAUUCGUUAGGUGAUACUACCCCUGAUCAUGUUUUCAAUUUAGGACAUAAUAAUUUAGAUGACCAGGACCCUCAACACGAUGAUCAACAAUCAGAUACAGUUUCUUCAACUUCAAAUUCAAAUUCAAGACCAAGAAAAAGGACAAAGACUGUUUAUAAAGGUGAAUUUAAAUUCUUAAAAUCCCCUCAAACAGUGACAGAUGUUUGGAAAGAAUAUACUGAAGGUGUAGAAGGUCAACCAUCAAUUAGAGAACUAGAAUCUUUAUAUCAAACUGGUUGGAGAAGAGAUCCGGCUGUUAACAAAAGAUAUGCACGUCGUAGAGUUUUAUACAAGGCAAUUGAAAAUGGUUUAAGCAGAGGUUAUACUCUGAGUUAUAUAAUUGACGUUUUAGAGGAUUACAGAUUUAUUGAUCGUGAAAGAGGUAUUAAACAACCAAUUGGAUGGUUAUUCCAGCCAGCCAAUAUUCCAGAUUUAUUCAAAUGA